UUCUUUAGUUACAGAUUUAUUAUUAUUUUUAAAAUAGGGAAGAAUUCAUCUUUAUACAUUCUAAAUUUAGACUUAAGAGAACUAUUCUUUAGCUUCCUUUCUACUUUAAGAACUUUAAAUUUGGAGAGUUUCAAAAGCUUAACAUAUAACACAAGUUUCUUGCUCUAAAUUUUGGCAACUUCUUUUAUUUGAUCAUCUGUUUUUACAUUCGUUUUUUUUCAUUUAUUCUUUUACUGUAUGGUGAUGGAUAGAGAAGAAAGGAGAAGAAGAAUUAUGGAAAGAGGAUCGGAUCGCCUAGCUUUAAUCACAGGCCAAUUACAUAAUGUUGAUCCUUCAUCGCCAUCGUUUUCUUCCUCAUCAUCAACUUCUCACCAACGUACGUACAGCGAAUCUUUCAUGCCACAAACUCAAUCUGAGCAUCGUCAGAUUCAAGAAAGCCCGUCUCUUAAGUAUCAAUUCAAAGAGGAAGUAAAGCCAAGAGAAGAACCAAAACUCUCGACCACUCAUCAAAGACCAAUUAAAAGAGAACCAACAAAACCAGAAGAAGCAAGAUCGGUAAAGACUCAAAUUCAACAACCUAGGAGUUUCUUCAGCUCCAAGAAACUCAAUGCUAGCAUCAUAAGCUCAGAAAGAAGUCGGAGUUUAAGCUCCCUCACAAUAGCUGUAUUUGUGAUUUUACUCCCGCGAUUGAACAUCUUAAGAUCCGGCACUAUCUUAGCUUUGAGACCUCUUUGGUUACUUCUGCUUACAGAUUGUGCUAUAGUAAUGUCUCAUCUCACCAUGGAAGCUUCUGGAGGAGGAAUGAGUCAUGAAACGGAAGAAGAAGUUAAGAGUAAAGAUGGUAGUAAUGGUGAAAAUUGGUCUGAUGCAGAGAAGCUUCUAGAAAGAGGAGUUGUUUUGUAUCAAGCUCUACGUGGAAUGUUCAUAGAUUGUAGUCUUUAUAUGGUGGUUGUUAUUUGUGGAGCCUCUCUACUUUGAGUUCUUAUUUUCAGUUUUUUUUGUUUGUUAUUUGAUUAAGAUUAUUUAUAUUUCCUUCUCUAAUUAGUUUACUGGUA